AGACCAUUAAUCAGUCACUCGAGUCUUAACCUCUAUCCCUUCCACAGCCGAGAGGAUCCGGAGAGAAUAUGGGAGCGUCGAGUGCCUCUCACACCAGAUGCAGUAUAUCAUUUGGUGUCAAAGCACAAUGUUGAUGUUCAAGUCAUGCCCUGCCACAGGCGGGUGUUCCCCAAUCAAGAAUACGAGAAGGCCGGAGCCCGUGUAGAAUCUAACCCCACACUUUCAAACAUUGUACUUGGCAUCAAGGAAACGCGGCUAUCCGAGCUCAAGGACCAACUUGCGAACUUGAGCCGCAACCCCCUUGACACGACAGCAUACAACGACCAAACUCACCUAAUGUUCUCCCACACGGCAAAGGGACAGCCCUAUAAUACCCCGCUGCUUUCUCAAUUUGUCGCCCCUCUCGAUGAAACGGAAACCACGAAGCUUCUGCGCCCCCGUUUGAUUGACUAUGAGCUGCUGACGAAUGGAACUGAUGGCAAGCGGACGGUUGGCUUUGGCUGGUUUGCUGGGGUGGCCGGCGUGCUCGAAUCACUUUCGUCAAUGGCUCAUUCACACCUAGAGAUCGGUGUAGCGUCACCUUUCCUAUAUACCCCUCGGCCACACACUCUCCCGUCAUUGGAACGCCUUCGCGCUGCUUUGCGCGAAAUUGGCGACACAAUAUCAAAGUCGGGAACUCCUCCUAAACUGGGCCCCUUCGUGAUUGGUCUCACAGGGCGGGGAAAUGUUGCAGAAGGAUGCUUGUUCAUGCUUUCUGAAUUACCUAUCCAGAUGGUCAACGUCGCGGAUCUCGACGAUCUUAUCUACCUCAUACACGCCAAACCAGAGGACUACUUUAUUGGGGUGGAUGGGAGCCCUUACGACCGAGCGCGUUAUUAUGCAUCACCGCAGUCCUAUAUCUCCGUUUUUGCGGAAAAGGUCGCACCCUACCUUACUCUUUUCCUGAAUGGCACAGGAUGGUCACCCUCUUUCCCCCGGCUGAUGACCAACGAACAGCUAACCGUUGCUCUUGAACGUGCCCGGCAGCUAGGCGGAGCUCGAUUCACCAAUAUCGGCGACAUCAGCUGUGACGUCGAGGGCGGCCUUGAGUUUAUGACGAAAGCAACGACACUCUCUGCGCCAUUCUUCAAGACAAGGCCUACCUGCCUCCCAGCAGAGUAUCCUCCUGUUCAAAUUAUGUCUGUGGAUAUCCUCCCGGCAUCUAUACCCCUCGAUGCUUCUCAGCAUUUCUCACGAUCUCUGCUUCCCUACCUUGAAAGUCUUAUUGGGACCUUUGACGGGUCGAAGAAUGACGAGUUCACUGCAGCCCUCGAGAAGGCUACCAUCGCUAAGGAAGGAAAACUUGCGGACAAGCACUUGUGGUUGCAAUCUGCAGUCAAUGCGAUCGCCUCAACACCACGGGCUGAGCCAGAAACAACUGCGGUCCCCCAGUCACCUCGAACCAAAAAGAAAGUUUUGAUGCUAGGCAGCGGCAUGGUUGCAGGUCCUGCGGUUAACACAAUUGCCAAGAGGGGGGAUGUUGAGCUCGUCAUUGCGAGCAAUUCGCUUCAGGAACUUCAAACCCUCGUCGGAUUACAUCUGAAUGUGAAAUACCGAAUCAUUGACGUGUCAAAGACAUCAAGUUAUGAGCACCUUGUCAAAGAUGCUGAUGUCGUCAUUAGCCUCUUGCCCGCCACCAUGCAUGCUGAUGUUGCUGAGCUAUGUGUUCUUCACCGUAAGCACAUGGUGACCGCGUCUUACACUUCCGACGAAAUGAACCUGCUGAACGAUCGUGCUAUUCAUGCAGAUGUUCUCCUAUUAAAUGAGAUCGGUCUUGAUCCAGGUAUUGACCACUGUUCUCAUCUCGACCUAGUCUCCCGGCUUCAGCAGAAGAACAAAGAGGUUGUCUCUUUUAUCUCCUUCUGUGGAGGACUUCCGGCACCCGAGAACUCCAACGUUCCGUUGCGAUACAAAUUCAGCUGGAGGCCACAUGGGGUUCUCACUGCAGCUUUGAACUCGGCUCGAUACAAAAUUAACAAUAGCGUACACUCUGUCUACGGCGAAAAGCUUCUCCGUAGCCAAUUCCCUAACGUGCCAAUCACCGACGAAUUCAAACUCGAAGGACUUCCGAAUAGAGACAGUUUAAUUUACAAUAAGCCCUAUGGAAUUUUUGGCGAAAGAACUAUGCUUCGUGGUACGCUGCGGUACCCCGGAUUCUCAAACUUAAUGGACUCGUUUGUUUCACUGGGGCUCCUUGAGCGGAACGAGACAAUUUGGCUUGAAGGAUGGACAAGUCUGGUGUCACAGGCGAUGAGCCUUCGCUACCCGUCUCAAAUUGACCCUCCCGACAUCAAGGAGGUCAUACGACCCAGUCAACUUGAGGCUCUCACCGAGGCGCUGGAAUGGCUCGGUCUUGCCCCACCCACCAUCUUUUCUCUAUCAAGAGUUCGAAUGCCCACACUCCCCGACGGUCCCAUGACACCUCUGGAUCUUUUUGCGUAUCUCCUCAGCGAAAAAUUACGCUAUGCUCCACACGAGCGGGACAUGGUCGUCCUAUCACACGAAGUCAUCACACGAGAGAAAGGCCUGGGUCCCAGGGCGCCAGAAACGGUGUAUACAUCAUCCCUGAUCACCUUUGGAGGCAUUGAAGGUUCAGCGAUGGCGCGUACAGUUGGAAUUCCUGUGGCCAUCGCCGCCCUGAACGUUCUAGAUGGCAAGGUGCACUUGAGAGGCGUUGUAGGCCCCACGCAUCGAAGCAUUUACGAGCCGGUGCUCAGCGGACUUGAGGAGGCGGGGCUAGGAAUGAAAGAGACAGCGCGGACGAUCCGAAGUGGGCUGGCUGAUACCAUCGAGAAGACCUUGAUUGUGGGGGAGGGUUCGAGGAAAAUGGAAUACGCUUUGGACGGGGAUCUAGCAACGAACCACGCCAGGAUGGAAAGCAGUUUGUAA